AUGACGAUCUUUGAAGUAUGUCCACGUUUGAAGAAUCUCGAAAUUGCACUCACCUGUACACCGCUAUCUAAACAUCACAUUGCGAUUCCGUACACUUGGCGUCGGAACAUUCUGCGCACACGACAAACCGCAUUAACACAUUUCCGAUUGUACUUGAGAGAAAUUGAGGAUCCAAGCGGACUUCGGGUACGACGCAUUCAUUUAGAAUUUAAUGAGUUCAUUUGUGUCGAUUGGUUUGUUUGUUUGUUUUCAGUCUUAGAGAAUUUGCAGAAUACUCAAAUGUUGGAGUUGAAUUUGGAAUAG